UUCUUCCACUUCCUCCUCCUUCCUCUCUUCGCCAUCUUCUUCUCUAUCUUCUUCCUACCAUCUCAAUUGCUCUCUAACAGCCAUGUCCUUCUCCUCCUUCUCCCUGGGAUCCGACCUCCCCGCCUGGAAAAAACUCCAGGCCAUCUACGACGCCUCCGGCAAAGAUCUCUCCGUCAAGGACCUCUUCGCCAGCGACCCCGCCCGCUUCUCCAAGUUCUCCCACACCUUCACCAACUACGACGGCUCCAAGAUCCUCUUUGACUUUUCCAAAAACAUCGUCGACGACGAGGUCUUCUCCUCCCUCGUCGAUCUCGCAAAGCAGGCCGAGAUCGAGAAACUCCGCGACGCGCUCUUCGCCGGCGAGAAAGUCAACACCACCGAAGACCGCGCCGUCUACCACGUCGCCCUCCGCAACCAGUCAAACAAGGUCAUGAAGGUCGACAACGUCGACGUCACCCCCGAGGUCAACCGGGUACUCGCCCACAUGAAGGAGUUCUCCGAGCAAGUCCGCUCCGGAUCCUGGACCGGCUACACCGGCAAGGCCAUCAAGUCUAUCGUCAACAUCGGCAUCGGCGGAUCUGAUCUCGGCCCUGUGAUGGUCACCGAGGCUUUGAAGGCCUAUGCCAAGCGUGAUCUCAGUGCUUACUUUGUCUCCAACAUCGACGGCACUCAUAUCGCUGAGGUCCUCCGCGUCGUCGAUCCCGAGACCACCCUCUUCCUUGUCGCUUCGAAGACCUUCACCACCGCCGAGACCUGCACGAACGCCAACACCGCCAAGAAAUGGUUCCUCGAAGCCGCCAAAGACCCGGCGCACAUCGCCAAACACUUUGUCGCGCUCUCGACCAACGCGACCGAGGUCGCAAAGUUCGGCAUCGACACCAAAAACAUGUUUGAAUUCGAAAACUGGGUCGGCGGCCGCUACUCGGUCUGGUCCGCCAUCGGACUCUCGGUCAUCCUCUACAUCGGCUACGACAACUUUGAGCAGUUCCUCAAGGGCGCCGAGGCUAUGGACAAGCACUUUGCCGACACCGCGCUCGAGCAAAACAUCCCCGCCAUCGGCGGCCUGCUCUCGGUCUGGUACAACAAUUUCUUUGGCGCGCAGACCCAUCUCGUGGCCCCCUUUGACCAGUACAUGCACCGCUUCCCCGCCUACCUCCAGCAACUCUCGAUGGAGUCCAACGGCAAGUCAAUCACCCGCGCCAACGAAAAGGUCACCUACUCCACCGGCGCCAUCCUCUUUGGCGAGCCCGCGACAAACUCGCAGCACUCGUUCUUCCAGCUCGUGCACCAGGGCACCAAGCUCAUCCCCGCCGACUUCAUCCUCGCCGCGCAGUCGCAUAACCCGAUCGAGGGAAACCUGCACCAGCGCAUGCUCGCGUCCAACUUCUUCGCCCAGGCGGAGGCGCUCAUGGUCGGUAAGACGCCCGAGCAGGUUGUCGCAGAGGGAAACCCGCCCAAGCUCGUCCCGCACAAGGUCUUCUCGGGUAACCGACCGACCACCAACAUCCUCUGCCAAAAGAUCACCCCCGCGACCCUCGGCGCGCUGAUUGUCUACUACGAGCACCUGACCUUCACCGAGGGCGCCGUCUGGAACAUCAACUCGUACGACCAGUUCGGCGUCGAGCUCGGCAAGGUCCUCGCAAAGUCGAUCGGCGCCGAGCUUAACGAUAAGGCAGAGGUGUCGACCCACGAUGCGUCUACGAAUGGACUUAUCAACCAGUUCAAGGCGUGGGCCGAGUAGCUCGUUUGCUGCUGAUGAGAGUGAGAGCAAGA